AAUAUUUAUUUAUUUUAUUUCCUCUCAGAAUUCCUUAGUGAGUAAUUCUCUGUCCUGUCUGAGGAAAGCCUCUGUGGAUGUCAGCAAUGUAUAUACCCAGGCUCUGCUGACCUACACCUUCACAUUGAGUGGGGAUAAUGAACUCAGGAAAACUUUAAUGGACAAACUGGAGGAAAAAGCAGUGAGGGGAGAUGGACAGCUGCACUGGAAGCGGGACUCCACUCCUCCUUCUGAAGACACAUACUGGUACAGAGCUCCAUCAGCAGAGGUGAAGAUGACCUCCUAUGUGCUUCUAGCAUAUCUGUCUGGUCCAGUUCCAGAUAUAGGCAAAGCUGCACAAAUUGUGAACUGGUUGAGCAAGCAGCAGAACCCAUAUGGAGGAUUCUCUUCUACACAGGUAAAUAAGGAAUCUAAGCAACCGCACUCCACCAUUAACAUACAGUACAUGCAGCACUUUUAUGUUUAUUUCAAUGAGGAUUGGUAGAAAGCCGCUACCAGA